AUGGAUGUCUAUGGCACCGCAGUCACUGCAGUCCAGCAAGUCAUCCAAGUGACCAUCUUCAUCAAGGGCGUCAUUUCAGACGUCAAAGCCUACGACGAUGAUCGGGCCGCCAUUCAGCUUCGAUUGGACCUGCAGCUAACAUCGCUGGAGUUCUUCCAGCGUAGGUUCUUGGAUAAAAAGCGCGGUCUUCUGCUCCCAGGACAGCUUCCCGACUGGGUGGGAGAGACAAUAUGUAACCUCUUGCUGAAGAUGGGUCGCGUAUUGGUUGAGUAUCGCGUUCUGGUAAAAGAGUAUGAGAUCUUGGAUGCCUCGACUGCGGCUCUGGACCACGGCGACGAUGCCCUGCCGAAGGGCGAAAAAUGGAGACAGUGUUUCCUCGAUCGGACAAAGGCCAAAGCCAAGGCAAUCAAGCUGAAAGGGUACGACUGGGCGCUGUUUGAUAAGAAGAAACUCCUAGGUGUCUUGGCCGAGUACAAAGAGUGGACCGACAGUCUGCGAGAUCUGAUGCAGCACUUCUCUCAGGAGGCCUUGUACACCCUCACGGAUGGCUCCGCAGCGAAGUCGCCGCCAGCUGCGACCGAAGUGCAAGGAACAGGACUAGAAGAGGUGGUCAAGCGACAGCAACUAGCAUUCCUGCAUGCUCCAGCUGAUUUUCGAGAACUCGAGGGUACCAUCACUGAGUCCGGCAGUGCAUCGGAUGGAUUCCACUUGGGUUCGUGGACUCACCAGGAUCAAUCAACUCCCGUAGUCCUGGAAUUUCGCCCCUAUGAUCGUCGUCUGCGAUAUGAUGAUAUUGAUGAAGAGGAGAUCGCAGAAUUGAAGGCGCCACUGCGAGACCUGGCUUGGCUCCUUCAAAAUGCCACGUUUUCUGAGGGGAAGGGGACUGCUGAGAUGUCACAACCAACGAUCUACUCCCUCCAGUGCCUGGGAUACAAGGAUGAUGCAGAGAAGGAGCGGACAGUCUUUGCGUACCGACUCCCACUUCAUGGUACUGACGAUAAGUCGAUCGCCGUGCAGAACAGCCUGACGACCUUGCACAGCUUGAUUAACCAAGUUGAUCCUCAGACCAAGCGGCCCACAAAGCCAUCGCUUGAGGAUCGUUUCGCCAUCGCGCACUGCCUCGCACUAACCACUCUCAAUGUACACGGCUCGCUCUGGUUGCACAAGAACAUUUGGAAUAAUGGCAUUGAACUCAUGUCCAAAUUGUCCCUCGCUACAACCGCAACGUCCAACAAAGGCGGACUACGAAGACCGCGCCUUCUCGCAUUUCUCAGUGACUGGGGUUAUGCCCGCCCAGUCGAAGGAGCGACUGACAUGCGUAGUGACUUCGAAAUUGAACCCAACCUUUACCGCCACCCCAACCGUCAGGGCGCUCCCACACACCAUUUUUCCCGUCUCCAUGAUAUAUACGCGUUAGGGGUGGUUCUGUUGGAGAUUGGGCUGUGGAAGACAGUGUCUCGCCUAUUCGAAACACGCAUUAAAGAGGCCCAGCGCACUCGCAAACUACCCAAGGCUCGCGACGUUUGUGCUGCGUUAACAUCGCUGGCCCAACGUGACCUACCCAAAGAGAUGGGCAGCUCCUAUGCCUCUGCAGUUGUGGCCUGUCUUACUGGCGACUUUCGCAGGGGGAGUGAUCUGGAACUUUCUCUGGACUUUCGCGCGAAGGUGCUGGACUGCGUAGCCGAGGGAUUGCGGCUUUGA